AUGGCAGUCCCAGGCCUCCAGCUGGCAGAUCUCUCCAUCGGCCAAUCCUUCCCAAACUUCUCUUCACAGUCCACAGAUCCCCAGUCUGCCGAGCCCCCCACAGAAAAGAUCCACGAGAUUGGCAAAUGCCGUGAAUGGCGAUUCGAGGUGGCCUUCAACACCACCGUAGAAGUCAAACUCCUCAAAGGCACCGCCGAGAUCUUCGGCACCGAGCUCCCCACCGGCCACAAAUUCACCUUCACAGGCUGCAAAUCCGCAAUCUACACCUGGUCCGGCUGCACGCUCUCCGUCACGGGCACCCCCACCGUCGAAUACACCUCUGAAGAGACGCCCAUGACCUCCUACACCAACCUGCACUUCGCGCUCGAGAAACUGCGCGGCGCCGCCAGCGAGUUGCCGUCCAAGCAAGGGCCCCGCGUAAUGAUCAUCGGCCCAGAGGACGCCGGCAAGACGUCGCUCGUCAAGAUCCUGACCGCGUAUGCAGUGCGCCAGGGGCGUAUGCCGUGCGUGGUCAACCUCGACCCGAAGGAGGGGAUGCUGUCGCUGCCGGGGACACUGUCGGCCACGAGCUUCUCGACCAUCAUGGACGUGGAGGAGCAUUUCGGGAGCUCGCCGACGUCGGGGCCGUCGCCGGUGCCGGUGAAGCUGCCGCUCGUGUACUACUAUGGGCUGGCGUCGCCGGAGGCGAAUGCGCCGCUGUACCGCGCGCUCGUGUCGCGGAUGGCACUGGCGGUGUCGUCACGGCUGAGUGAGGAGGACGGUAGCAGGGUUAGCGGAUGCAUCAUUGACACCUCCGGUAUAGCAAGCUACGACGUCAUCUCCCAUGCUGUGUCCGAGUUCAGCGUGGAUACGCUCGUCGUGGUCGGUAGCGAGCGACUCUACAGCGAUAUGGUCAGACGCUUCGAGGGCCGCGAGGCCGCCAGCGGCGUCACGGUCGUCAAGCUCGCUAAAUCCGGCGGGUGCGUCGACCGCGAAGAGGCGUUCCUGAAACAGGCGCGUGAGACCGCGAUCCGCGAGUACUUCUUUGGCGAGCCGAAGCGGACGCUGAGUCCCUACACACUUACCGUGGGGCUAAAUGAAGUGAACCUAUGGCGGGUUGGCGAAGCAUCACCACUGAUAUCCGGCGUGCUCCCCAUCGGAACCGAAGACACGCAGCCGCUGCUCGUCAAGACGACGCCCACGUCGCUGCUGCAGCAUAGUGUUGCGGCCGUGCUGCACGCGGAGAUGGGGGAUGCCGUGGAGGUGCUUGCUGAGAGUAGUGUCAUGGGGUUUGUGUAUAUAGCGAGCGUGGACGAUCAGAAGCAUUAUAUGAAAGUGCUGGCGCCGGUGCCGGGACGGCUGCCGCCGAAGCCGCUGGUGGUGAGUAGUUUUCCGGAGCCGACGGCGAGUUUGGUGGGGUAG